UGCAUUGGACUGGGCAGACUGGAUUCAGAAAACACAGAGGCUCAACGCUGAGGUGUUGACCACGUUUGCUACUCGAGUAAGGCAACUGCAAUGGAAAAAAUACGUUCUCCCAGUCACAGGAACAACUGAUGAUACAAAGGACAAUGCACAGUGUAUACCCUGAUGACAUUCCGUCUGCUGUGACAUGGUUUUUACCAUGGAAUCUGAGACUGAAAAGGCCCAUGCUCUUCUCCAAACUUUCAGCACAGCUUCAGUUAUUUCUAGUCUAGGUUUGGGAAUAUUCUGCUUUGUAGCAGACAGACUUCUGCAGUUUUCCUUCAUUCAGCAAAAUGACUGGCUCCGAGCCUUGUCUGAUAAUGCAGUGCAUGGUAUACUAGGAAUGUGGUCCUGGGCAAUAGUGAUUGGACUCAGGAAGAAAAGUGACUUCACUGAGGUCACUCUGGCUGGCUUCCUCGCCUCUGUCAUUGAUGUGGACCACUUCUUUCUUGCUGGCUCCCUGUCAUUAAAGGCUGCUCUGACUCUUCCACAGAGACCACUUCUUCACUGUUCUACUGUGAUUCCUGUUGUGGCUCUGACAUUAAAGUUUAUUAUGCACCUUUUCAGGCUUAAGGAUUCAUGGUGCUUUCUUCCCUGGAUGUUGUUCAUAUCCUGGACUUCUCAUCAUAUCCGUGACGGGAUUCGUCAUGGCCUCUGGAUCUGCCCGUUUGGAAAAACUCCUCCUUUACCAUAUUGGCUGUAUGUGGCAAUUACAGCAUCUUUACCUCAUCUAUGUUCGUUUAUUAUGUAUUUAACAGGCACUAGAGAAUUAAUGUCUAUAAAACAUGGAAUCCACAUUGAUGUGUAAGAAUAAUGGCUCUUAAAGGUUGUUUGUCUUAGCACUUGAAA